AUGUCAUUCAAUCUACUGCCAGGCAAGACGAUUGUCAUUACUGGAGCUGCGACUGGUAUAGGUCGAGCGACAGCCAUAGGCGCCGCGAAGAAUGGAGCCAAUGUCGUCUUGCACCAUCUCGGUAGCCCGACGAGCAAGGAGAUGAGUGAGACUGUUUCUCAGCUUGAGACUAUAGGAGCCAAGUUCGUCGUGAUUGAAGGGGACAUCUCCGAUCCCGAAGUCUCAAAAUUGAUUGUCAAGAGGGCAGUGGACACAUUUGGUCGUAUCGACGCUCUGGUAUCCAAUGCAGGGAUCUGCACAUUCCAUCCAUUCCUCACACUACCCCCGGACCUGUAUCUGCGGACACAGAACGUGAAUAUGAAUGGAACCUUUUGGAUCUCUCAGGCCGUUGCGAACCAGAUGAAGGAUCAAGAACCGAUAGAUGGAGAAAGGGGAUGCCUCGUCGGUAUAAGCAGUAUCAGCGCCAUCAUGGGAGGUGGCGAGCAAUGCCAUUACUGUCCGACAAAGGCAGGAAUCAAGAGCCUGAUGGAGAGUUGUGCGAUCGCCCUUGGUCCGUACGGAAUAAGGUGUAAUUCUAUCAUGCCUGGAACGAUUGUGACGCCGAUGAAUGAGGUUCAUCUGGAGAAUCAGGCCAUUCGUUCAGAUCAGGAGAGGAGAGUACCGCUGGCUCGCCUUGGACGGCCGGACGACGUUGCCGAUGCUGUCCUCUUCAUGUGUUCUAGACUGGCAAGAUAUGUUAAUGGGACAGGCCUUCUUGUCGACGGAGGAAUGGCAAUCAGUUUGCAGUGA